AUGGAUCAAGCUCUGGGAUUAGGCUUGAAUGCCAUCCCGUUUGCAACCCAGCACUAUGACAAAGUCUGGGAUCCUAUUCAUCACAAAUACAAAAAGGCGCGCGGAAGAGUUCCCAAGGACGAUCCGAACAUCUACGAAAUGGGCGCCCCCGAAGAGAAGGGCUUAGUGCUUCGGCGUCGUCGGGAUGUUGCCUCGGAUGAAGAGAUCGUGGAAGUGGUCAGACACAAGGGCGAGAUUCUCCCAAAGCGGCCUGGUCAACCACGCCGAAGAGCCAGCUCGAUGAACAAUGCUCGAGCAGGGGCGGCAGGCGCAGGCGCUGGUGCUGGGGCUGGAGCUAUGGUUCCUUAUCGAGACCGACGCAACGACUAUUCAGACUCCGAGGGGUCUGUUCCACCACGAUCACGAGUUCGAGCAAAGUCACAAUCUGGACGUUCCCAGCAGUCUCGACGCCGGCGCGGCUCUUCAAGCUCCUCUUCGAGCCUUGCGUCCUCAACUGAAGAAGAAAAGAAUUGUAAGAAGCUGGCACGCAAGAAAUGGAUCACGGCUGGGCUUGCCAGCGUCGCUACUAUUCACGCUGCUUCAAAGGUGUAUUCCUCGAUCGAAAAGCACGACCAACGGAUACAGAAAGUCAACCAAGGAGAAAUAUCGCCCGAAGAGGCCCACAAACAACAGCGUGCUGCGCGUUGGCAAGAUGCUGCUGCUAUCGCUAUAGCUGCACUUGGUAUCAAGGGUGCGGUGAGUGAGUGGAACGAGGUCCAGGAAGAGCAUCGUGAGCACCGAGAGUUGUUAGAGCAACGAGAAGAGCACCACAAGAAACGGCUGGAGCGUGAACGCCGCAAGCAAGCCAGGGACCAGGGAGGUUACUACAAAGGAAGGGACGGUCAAUGGUACUAUUCUGGACCACAGCCUCAAAGCAGUGAGAGUCGUCGUGGUGGGGGUGGAGGAGGCGGUGGUGGAGGAAAUGGAGGGCGAGGAAAUUACGACGAUUCCCGUUCACGGUCGCGUGCAGUGAGUCGUGGUCGUAAUCGUUAUGAUAGUGACUGA